UGUCUACUCUGUGCUGUUCUAAAUGUUAUAGAGGGAAUAUUUGCAUAAAUUGGAGCCGGCGGCGGAGUUUUAAAGCGCCAAAACCACAAAUUGUACGGAAAAACAAGUUUGGACAACCUCUGCAUUUCACUUCCUAGUUUCAUUCUCUCGGCUCCGUUAGGCCAGGAGGUGCGGCUGAGAGAGCGCGACCUGUCUGGAGGCUCUCCGCGUAGACGCGCCACCGAAGAGGUUUCAGAACUGGACUUUGAGCCGCGGACGGAAUGGACUUAACGAGGAAGCACUGACUUUUAUUGGGGUUUUUAUUUUUAAUUAAUCUCCAGUCGGAAGAGCGCCUCGCCCCUGCUGAGGGCGCACGGGCUACCUGUGCGGACUUGCACGGCAGUCCAAGUGGUGGUGGUGGUGGGAGAGGAAGGAAGGAAGGAAGGUGGGGGAGUGACUGAAGCCCAAGAAGACACACCUUUACCCGUUUGCGGCUCUUUCUCUAUCUCUCUCUCUUCUAAAGGAGCGGAAGAAUAACCGAUCCGUGCGCUGAAAUGUCGGUUAGUGAAAGAGCCGUUCGUUCACUACGAGAGAUCCUGCACAAGCCUGGAAAUGACGCCUGCGCAGACUGCGGCGCACCAGAUCCCGGCUGGGGUUCCUGCUCCCUGGGGGUGUUCAUCUGCCUGGCCUGCUCCGGGAUCCACCGCAACAUCCCCGCCAUCAGCAAGGUGAAGUCCCUGACCCUGUCCCGAUGGGAGGACCAUGAGAUGCAGUUCAUGGCUGAGAACGGCAAUGUGCUGAUGAAGAGUAAAUAUGAGGCCGCUGUUCCCGUCUACUACUACAAACCAACCCACAAGGACUGCCAGGUGUUGAGGGAGCAGUGGAUAAGGGCAAAGUAUGAGAGGAAGGAGUUCUGCGACCCUGGGAAGAACUUAACAUACGAGGAAGGAACCAGAGAUGGCGUGCUCAUGAAGAGGGGGCGGGACAACGGGCAGUUCCUGAGCAGACGAUUCGUCCUGUCAGAGAGGGAGGGGACACUGAAGUAUUUCACCAAAUAUGAUGCUAAGGAGCCAAAAGCAGUGAUCAAAGUGGACAGCAUCAAUGCAACCUUCCAGCCGGACAAGAUAGGAAAUCCCAAUGGCCUGCAGAUCACCUACCUCAAAGACUACAGCACUCGCAACAUCUUCGUCUACCAUGACAGCGGCAAGGAGAUCGUAGACUGGUUUAAUUCCAUCCGUGCCAUUCAGCUUCACUAUCUGAAGGUGGCCUUUCCUGGAGCAACUGAUGCUGAGCUGAUACCCAAACUUACGCGUAACUUUCUCAAGGAAGGAUACAUGGAAAAGACAGGCCCCAGGCAAACGGAAGGUUUCAAGAAACGCUGGUUCACCCUGGACCAAAGACGACUCAUGUACUUCAAAGAUCCACUGGACGCCUUUGCCAAAGGCGAAGUCUUCUUGGGGAACAAGGACCAAGGUUACAGCGCCUCCGCCGGAUUGCCUGCAGGCACCUACUGCAACGGCACCUGGCAACACGGCAUCACCAUAGAAACGCCCGACCGCAGCUUCCUGUUCACCUGCGAGUCCGAGAGUGACCAGCAGGAUUGGCUGAAACACUUCAGUAAUGUCCUGAGUGCUCAGAUGUCUCCUCAGGAGUAUACAAUGGAGGCCUUGUUAAAGCACCGGCAUUGAUGGACCAGGGACCCGUGGGACCUUUUCUUCGCCUCUCAGUCCAUCACCAGCCUCACUCAGGACCCACAUCUCCUCCUCCACCGGCCACGGCUCUGAUCUUCAUCACUACUAUGGUCAACACUAGAGCUGGCUGAUAAGUCCCUACGGAAUGGUCACAAGGUUAUCACAAUGUUAAGAACGAGAGGAAGAGGGCAAUGUCGACUGGUGCAAACAAAGGUUACAAUGGUGUUUUGCUUUUAUUUUCAUGACAACUUUGGUGUUCAUUUAAAAGAUUUCUUGUAGGGUUGGUGGUCAUGUUGGUUACUGGUCAGGUUAAAUAGACACUUCCUGUGUAGUACUAUUCACUGUAUUUAAAUAGGUCCUUAGACAGGUACUGGUAUUAAAAUACAAUUCAUUGUACACUAAAUGCAAAUAAAUUCAAACUAAAAGCCAUUCAGACGUUGAAGUGCCUUGGUCCUCUUGUAUAUCGUGCAAGUAUUCUGUGUGAUCAUUGCUAGUGAGAUGCAGCCAGUUACAUAUAUUCAGAGAAGACAUUUUGACUUGACACCUUGGAUCAAGCAUUGAUAAUUAAGUUAAUGCUGGCUGAAUUCCAUUCGGCUGCUUUGGUUUCUGUUGUCCUGGGAUUGUUUGUGCGUCUGGCAUUAGGUCAAAACGUGGGAAACGUAUGGAGCUGUGCUUUUUCUGUAAGGUCAAAAUGUCUGCUGUGAAGAACACAAAUGGCUCAAACAAAUACAGACAUUUUUUCAUUUUUUUAUUAUGAUCAUUAUCAUACAAAGCCAUUUUGGAAUUUUAGAAAUUUAUAGAUACUCCCCUUUCUGACUCAUGAGCUCUGAUGUUAAAUACACAUUGUUUUGUUUUUUUUCUUUUAUCUUCCAAGCCAGCUAAUGUCUACAGUCAUCCUGUAGUGCAGUUAACAUCGCAAAUUACACUGGACGUCAGUAGAUCUGUGUGUAUUAGAAAGCACAAAUCUGUUUAAUUUUGAGUUAUUCUGUCAAAUAUGCGCUUGAAAGGCAAUAAAGCAGAUUUGUAAAUGCAUUGGGUUACAAAUAUGGAAACACUACACUGCUACUGAACGGCGUUAUAGCACCUCCGCGUGGAGUAAUCUACACGUACCUUUGUUAAAAUAAGCAGCAGGUCCCGUAAAAAGUUGUUGUUGUUUUUUUUGUAAUUCAGUCAUUAUCAAACACCAGCUGAUACAUUAUAAUGGUUUCUUGUUUUCCUUCUUUUGGUUUUAAGAGGUACUCAUUUUGUGUUGAUGCAUUCAUUUAAAAAAAAAAAAAGGAAUUUCUAUGUUUGACCAUGUUUGACUGACAUAGAAAAUUAUUAUUAAUAAAAAAAAAGAUUGCUUCUGAA